CAUUUACUUAGAACAUCUAAAAAGAAAUGUACAUGGAUGUGCUUAGUCAUGACCAUAAAUUCAACAAUUAUACCGACACUAAUGUGAGUGACCCUAACACCAAAUAUGGCGAUACUGGCGAACUUGCAAUUACCAUCUUGAAGGCGGCGGUCAUGGUCGUUAUUAUGUUAGGUGCAGUGAUUGGAAAUAUUCUUGUCGUAGCGGCGGUGAUGAGGUUUCAGCGACUCCGCGCAAUAACAAACUAUUUCAUCGUCUCGUUGGCAUUUGCGGAUUUCCUUGUCGCCAUUUUAGUAAUGCCCUUUAAUGCAAGUAUUGAGAUUUCGGGCAAAUGGCAAUUCGGUAGAUUAAUGUGCGAUAUUUUUAACUCUAACGACGUACUAUUCAGCACGGCUUCGAUUCUUCAUCUUUGUUGUAUCAGUAUGGAUCGAUACAUAGCAAUAAUGCAUCCAUUUAGAUAUGAAUCUGAAAUGACAAAAUUCAGAGUAUUUGUAAUGCUCGCCAUUACUUGGAUAUCAUCAAUUUUAAUCUCGUACAUUCCAAUACAAUCGCACUGGUAUACGACGACAGACACAUUAAGGGAAAUGGAAGACAAGCCUGAGGAUUGCCUAUUCGUUGUGAAUAAGGUUUAUGCCAUCGUUUCUUCCUGCAUAUCAUUUUGGACUCCGUGUACAAUAAUGGUUUUUGUGUAUGUGAAGAUUUAUAUGGAGGCAAGACGCCAGGAAACUCAAAUUAAGCAGUCGGGAUAUCACCUUAAUGGCAAUCAUCGAGCAAGUGAGGUCGGCGCCUUUCCUGACAAUCGGACUGACCAAAGAAAUGACAGAAAGCGCAUGCGCAGAGAACACAAAGCUGCUAAAACUCUUGGAAUAAUAAUGGGUGCCUUUAUUUUCUGUUUUCUUCCGUUUUUCUCUUGGUACCUCAUUACAACUCUAUGUGGGGAGUCUUGUCCGUACCCGCCUGUACUUGGCCAAGCUUUGUUUUGGUUGGGAUAUUUUAAUUCCUGUCUAAACCCAAUUAUUUAUGCUUACUUUAAUAGAGAUUUUAGGUGUGCUUUUCGUAAACUGCUGAGACUUAAUCGAUUUUUUGGUAGUAAUAGUGAACAUUCGGGUGGUAUGCUCACCCCGGGUCAGUACGAAAGUAGAGACCAUUUAGUUCAAAUGAAACUGGAUGUCUGUAAAAACGGCUCAAAAACUAAUCUGUGA